CAUCAUUCAAAGCUCUCUGUCGUCGUCUGUUAUUUGGUUGCUCCAGCACCGACCCUCUUGACAUCACAUUUAAUUUUAAUUUCUAUGAACGCAUAGUUUGAAAACUCAUCACAAUUAAAAUAUCCCAGCCUGUGAGUAGAGCUACGAGCUUCCAGGCACAAAACCUCGAUUGUUGAAAAUCUACACGAGUUUGGCGACAGUUUAGUAGCAAAGUGAAAGCUAUCAUCAGUAAAUAAAGAUCGUUUUGUUUUACGGGUUAUCACAGUUAACUCUGCCCUGCGUGCAACCUAGAUGCGGCGUGGCUGCAGAAAAGUUCCGACUUGUCGAAUGGUACAAAUUCUAUGACGUCGUGAAACAGGUGUGGGCCAUCUUCUUUAGCCUUUAGUAUAUAUAUUUUUUAAACCUUGAAUAGUUUUGAAAGUAAAUUUGAAAGCCAAACUUCAAAUUUUAUCAAAGCCAAAUACAAGUCGGCUGAGAGACACUCAGAAUAAGGUGGCACUAGGCCAGAGCCCAUUGUUGUAAACAUGAGUAUAACGACAAUAAGUGGAAGUAUAGGUUUGCGAGUAGGAGAUGGACGGGACAUUGUCGGGGUCUCUAGGACUUCUAAUACUUCGUCAGCCGUGGGACGAGAAAGAGGAACGACAUCAUCGGGCGGAUCUAGAAGCCAAUCACAAAAUAAUAACAAUCAUCACGGUAAAGACUACUCUAGAGGGAUGGGAGGAGAUUCUGCCAAACUUAACCUCCCCCCAACACCGGGUGGAGGGGGAGCGUCAAACUCAUCGACUGGAGGAGGAGGAGGAGUCGGGUCUGGUAAUGUGACAGAGCCUUCAACAUCGUCCGCACCCACAAAUUAUCCCAAAAUUUACGGAAAGAUUGUACUCACCUCGGACAAUGUUCUCCUGGACAAGAACAAGUGUGGAGAAACUCCUUCUGCAACCGAUGGCAUGGACGAAGACAUUGAAUGGGAGACUCGAGUUGUUGCCUGUGAACUUAUUUCAUCUUCUGGGAUACUUUUAAAACUUCCUCAGACGGCAAUGGCUACGGGACAAGUUUUAUUUCACCGAUUCUACUAUACCAAAUCCUUCCUACGUCAAGAUAUGGAACAAACUGCGAUGGCUUGUAUAUAUCUUGCUUCGAAAAUUGAAGAAGCUCCACGAAGAAUACGCGACAUUAUUAACGUAUUUCAUCAUCUGCAGCAACUUCGGAGUGGAAAAACAAUGGAGCCAAUGGUUUUGGACCAAUCUUAUAUCCAGUUAAAAAGUGAGGUCACUCUCGCUGAGCGAAGGGUUUUAAAAGAGUUGGGAUUUUGUGUUCAUGUGAAGCAUCCUCACAAGCUAAUUGUGGUCUAUAUGCAGCAGUUGGGCUAUGAUAGAGAUUCGCAGUUCGUCCAGAUGUCAUGGAAUUACAUGUCAGAUGCUUUGCGAUCCAAUGUGUUUGUGCAGUAUAAACCUGAAGCCAUUGCGUGCGCUUGUAUUUUUUUAAGCGCCAGGAAAUUAAAGAUUCCCCUUCCUUCAAGUCCAUCCUGGUAUAUUGUAUUUGAUGUGGAGGAAGAGCACAUACUAGAUAUUUGUGAAACAAUCCUUGAACUGUAUCAACGACCAAGGAUUGACUAUGAUGUGUUUAUGAAGAAGUAUAAAGGCCUCAGGAAAGCAUUCAAGGAGUCCAAGGACAAAGCCAAGGCAAUUACAAUUGCUGACAAGCUUGCACAAGGUUCCAAUGAUGCUAAUUCGAGUCCUGCGUCCCUUCCAACGUCACCCAAGCCCGGCAGCGAAGGAUCAUCAAGUAGUGCUGUCCAGAAUAAUAAAGAAGGCAAUGAUCACAAGAGGAAACUUGAUGCUGGCGAUCAUGUACAAAAAGCUCCAAAUUCACCACAGCCAAAGAAAUCGCGCCGGACUCCUUCCCCAAUUACUUUUGACGAUAGCCCACAAAGGCAUAACAAAAAGAACAAGAAGCGAAGAAAAUCAAGGUCCGAUUCCAGCUCUAGAUCACGCUCGCGAGAAAGAAGAUCACUAAAGAAACACUCACGCCGAGAAAAGUCUCGAAGUCGGAGUAGAAGUCGUUCAUACUCUCCGAAACGCUCAUCACAUCAUAAAAAAUCGACCAACAAGGUACAUCAUCGCUACCGUUCCAGAUCCAGAUCCUAUUCACCCGUGGAAAGGGAUGACAUUCGAUAUGACCGAUACUAUAAAAAGCCCAAAUCCUCAAAACAUGGGAGGGAUGAAGAUCCAAACAAAUCUAGAAGCAGGGACAAAAUCCGAAGAUGACGAACAUGAGACUUAAGUAUGGAUUGAAACUUUUCUCUCUCCAAAUUAAACUUUUUUGUAGUUAAUGGUUAGAUUUAUAAGUGCACACAAAAGCGAUUUGGGCCAAUCUAAGCUCAAUUAUUUCAGUUUGUUGUGCAUAAAUAUUUUUUAAACAAACACUAGAACUAGUAUAAUUACUUGGAUUUUAAAGUUCUUAAAAUACGUUGUUCCGCUAUACAAGUUUGUUGGUGUAUGUAUACAAUAUAUUUGUAUUAAUAAAUAAUUACUGUCUUGAAG